GAAGAAGAUCCAUUUCGGCAGCAAGCCCUCGCCAGCGGGCAGAUAUUCGAGCACCGAGUUCAUACUGAGCCGAUUGAUUUGUGUGGGUGGGAUUUGACAACAGGGCGAUAUUCUGAAUAGGAGAGGUUGCUUGUCGAACGAUAGUCGGCUCAUAUGAGAUUGGACCCUGAAUCGCCGACAUCCGAGCCGGGACUUUCUCCAGAGUGUGAUCUCUCAAGGAGAGCAAGACAGCUUUAGCCAUCGACAGACAAGAAAAAAAGUUUCAAGUCCAGAUAUGACUGCACUUAUCGAAGAUCCUCUCAAGGAGCCAGUGACCGCUGUUUUCGCAGCCAUUGGUCUCCUCUUCAUCACCCUGAAGAUCUUUAGCUUCUGGAGAUUGAUUGCCAGUCUGUUCAUCUUGCCUGGUACCUCUCUCUCCAAGUUCGGUCGUAAAGGUAGCUGGGCUGUUGUCACCGGUGCUUCCGAUGGUAUCGGCAAGGAAUAUGCCUUGCAACUUGCAGCAAAGGGUUUCAACAUCGUCUUGGUCUCUCGCACACAGUCGAAGCUCGAGACUCUGGCCUCUGAAAUUCAGUCCAAGUACAGCUCUGUUCAAACCAAGACUCUUGCUAUGGACUUCUCCCAAAACAAGGACUCUGACUUUGCUUCCCUGAAGGCUCUGGUUUCGGAUCUGGAGGUCUCCAUUCUCAUCAACAAUGUCGGUCUCAGCCACGAGAUGCCUGUUCCUUUCGUCCAAACCCCUGAAAAGGAGCUCAAGGACAUCAUCACCAUCAACUGCAUGGGCACUCUCCGCGUCACUCAGAUCGUUGCACCCGGUAUGGUUCAGCGUCGCCGUGGUCUCAUUCUCACCAUGGCUUCCUUCGGCGGCAUUCUCCCUACUCCCCUCUUGGCCACCUACUCUGGCAGCAAAGCCUUCCUUCAGCAAUGGAGCAGUGCUCUGGGUGCCGAAAUGAAGCCUCACGGAGUUCACGUUCAGCUUGUUCAAUCUUACCUGGUCACCUCGGCAAUGUCCAAGAUCAAGCGUGCCAGCGCUACCAUCCCCAACCCCAAGCAAUUCGUCAGAGCUGCGUUGGGUAAGAUUGGACGCUCUGGUGGUGCUCAGGGUAUCGCUUACACUAGCACUCCCUACUGGUCCCACGGCAUCAUGCACUGGGCUCUCGGCGCUUUCACCGGUACCAUGAACUCGAUUGUCCUGGAUCAGAACAAGACUAUGCACGAAGGUAUCCGUAAGCGUGCCCUCAGAAAGCUGGAGAGAGAUGGCAAGAAGGGCCAGUAAAUGGCUCGCGUAUGGCACUACUCAAAACCUUGAGCUGCUAGCCAUCUCUGACCUGCUCCGGGUUGAAGUGCUUGAGGAGCAGGGAUUAUGUCUAUUAUGGCGAUGCAUAUCAACACAGAACAGAUAAGCCUUUCUCUCCGAGAAUGAUCAUGUAAAACAAAAGUGCAUAUAUCAAAGUAUUAAUAACCUCUACCUUGUGCU